UGUCACUGGGCACUUUAAAGAAGAGAGAGGGGCGAGAAUGAGGAGACAGAGGGAUGAUUGACAGAAAAAGAGAGACAGAGGAAGAUUGCACAAGAGGGUGAGACAGUGAUGAGCGAGUAGAGAGAUAGAAAGAAAGGAAAUCUUCUUUAGUCGUCAGUGCAGCAGAGGAGGCGACAAUGUGUUUCCCCUCAGGAACCCUCUGCUACCUUUACUGACCACGGCUCUUCAGUCAUACUGCGAUCAUGGCCACGGAGAUCCUGGUGUCCUUAUACGUCCUGGUGGGUCUGUUCUCAGUGCAUGCAGCCCACUCUCACAAAGGCUCGCAAGGACUCUCCUGUGUGAACGACUUUGUCAACAAUGUCAGCUGUACGUGGGACGGCGCUCCCCUGGCUCCUGGUGUGGACUGCUGGAUCAUCGGUGUGAAGACAACCUGGAUCUUAAAGAACUACAUGAGAUAUCCCGGAACAAUUAUUCGAAGCUGCAGGAUGAAACGACACAGAAAAUCUCCCCCAGGCUGCAGUUUUGUCUUUGAAAAUGAAGAAUUCAACUCUUUCAAAGACAUGCCGUACAUCAGCAUGGAGUGUAAUGGCACGUUGGUGGAGAACCUCACAAAUUAUUCUCCAUACAAACACAUCAAAAUGCAUCCUCCAGGCGUCCCCAAUGUCAGCAGCACAGCCAAUGAGACGAGGAUAUCGUGGACUCCAGGCAGUCCUCGCUCUCACUUCAUCACAUCCUUUGACUUCCAAGUUCAGAUCACGGAGAAAAACAAGACAUGGAACGACGCCAACAUUCAGACUACACAAGAACAAGAGCUAAGGAUACCUGCUGGGCGAUUUAAGGGGCACUGCCACGUCAGAGUGAGAGUCAAACCCAUUUCACAGCUGCACAAAAGCCACUGGAGCAACUGGAGUCCGACAGCAUCCUGGGUGGAAGCAACAGAUGUGGUGGUGACAUCACAGGAUGAAGAUUGGCUUCUGGGUCAGUCAUCACAGAUAACGCGAGGAGUGAUUUUCAGCUUGAGUCUCAUCAUCAUAACACUGGUCCUUUACAAGAGUUGUGCAAACAGGGGGCUCCUCAAAGGAAAGCCAGUACCAAACCCCUCGAAAUACUUCCACACUCUCCACUCUGACCACGGAGGGAAUCUAAAGAAAUGGCUGAAUCCUCUGUCAGCCUCUGAGUCAUUCUUCACGGCCCAGCCACAUGACCGCAUCUCGCCAGUUGAGGUGUGCGACAGCUGGGAUGUGGCCCCCUCCACCUCUCCCUCCUCUGGCUCCACCAGCGCCCUGCUCCACUUCAGCAGCUACCCCUCAGCUGGCUCGAACACCAGCAGGGUUGUUGACAAUUCCUCCUCCUCCUCAUCCUGCUUCUCUAACAUGGGCUACUUCAUGUCCAGCUCCUCCAGCGGCUCAGCUCGAGCUGACCCCAACCCUGUCUACUUCACCUAUAAGGAUGAUUUCCACAACCUGCACAACAGCCUACACCUCUCCCUCUGCCCUUCCUUCGACAUCUCACCAAUGUAUGAGAGCUUGAAGAGGGAGCCACAGAGCCCAGACUCUGGUCUUGGCAUUGAACAGGAAAAUGAAGAGGACAAGGAGGACAAAAGGGUUGUGGAUGUCGAGGGGAAAGAAGUUUCAAAUGAUCACCAGAGCCCUCCUCUUCUCAUCCUCCCUGUCCAUUUUCCCUCCCAUGUGUGCCCUCCCGCCUCUGCUCCACCUCCUCCCAACACUCCCGGCCUAAGUCAGGUAUACUGUGAAAGCCAGCAAGCAGAUGAACCUGUGGCAACUGCUGGUGUCAGCUAUACAGCCUGGCCUAUGGCUGGUGCCAUGUGCAGGUCUUCCUCCAUGCCUGUGGAGACGGGUAAAAAAGGGUAUUUGACCCUGAAAGAGCUGCAGACAACAUUCAGCAAUAAAUCCAUCUGAAAACUUGUCAUGAAUAUAGAAGAAUCCCUGUGUGAUGGUUGUAAAUUGUUUACAUCACAAACCUGACUGAUUGUUGUUUCUAAUAUGAUUGUGGAGUUGAGCAUAUCUGACAGAAUAUGUGGAGUGUUCUUGUGCAGUUUUGACAAAGACAAAUGACCCUCUCCAAAGUCCUGCCCCCCUUAGUUACUGUUGCUAGAUCGGACAAGCUUGACAAAAAGAAACAUGGCGACGCUGGUUCUGUUUGGCUGCAAAGUGUAAGUGUUUCAUGGCGUCAGGCAAUAUAGAAGCAGACAGAUAGGACUACAGUAUGUAGUGGAAAGAUGUGUUGAUAUUGAACAAGGCAAAAUGACGCACAGUCUUCGAUGAAAAAGAUAGAAGUAGAGACCGAGGAUGGCAAGACUGAGUCACUGACACUGCCGGAUCAAUGUCCCCUUUCCCCCUUCUGGAGAUCAGUAAAGCACUCUGUUUAUUUAUUACUGAAUAUAGAUCAUGGUGACCUAAAGUCUCUAUUUGCUGCAGAAAGUUACGCUACUUUGGGGCAGCACGUAGCGUUAAGGCCCUGACACACCAAGCCGACGGUCGGCCAUCGACCAAAGUUGGGCCGUCGGUGAGCGUCUGUUGGCCUAGUUUUUGCUCUGUGUCCCACACCGUCAGCACUUAGGCGGCAGCAGAGGCUUUUUGGCAGAUUGAGCAUGUUGAAUCGGCAGCAGAGCUCAUCGGUGAGAGAGACCACUCUGACUGGCUGUUCAGGUUUUUUUUUCCUCGUCCCUGUAGCGAGUGAAUCUGCCUGUAAUGAA